AUGGGAUUGAACCCAGUACAAAACCGAUAUCGGUAUAUUGUGGUGUUUUUGGGAUUAGCAUGUCUAACUUCUGUAUUAUCUAAUUAUAUUAUCAUCAAUUUUACAUUCAUUUGUAUGAAAGAUGAUCCAACUGGAAUUGUUGAAGAUGAUAAUGGAGUAAGUUACAAAAUUUCUCAAAUCUUAUAAUCCUCUCUUUUUUAGACAGCUUACAAUCGCUAUGAUUAUUCGGUGAAACAAAAAUCAUAUAUCGUUUGGGCAGUUGCAAUUGGCACAAUUCUUGGAACUGGUCCAAUCAAUUAUUCAUAUGUUCGAUACGGCGCUCGUUGGCCAUUUUUUGUUGCUGGAGUCAUUUCCGCCAUCUCAACACUUCUAACACCUUACGGUGCAUAUCUUGGACUUCCAUAUUUGCUUGUUCUUCGAUUUUUGCAAGGUCUCGCUUAUUCUGCUGAUUUUGCGGCGAUUGGAAUUGUUUGUGUUCGAUGGGCUCCGUUGGCACAGACUGGAUUGUUCAUUUCGAUUUUGACAAGUUUCAGUCCAGCUGCAACUGUUAUGACAAAUGCUGCAUCAGGAUAUGUAAGUUGAUGUUUUUUUUUCAAAAAAAAAAAAAUACUUUUGAUGUUGAAAGUUCGUCAAAACAAAAAAAAUAGUUCAAAUUUUGUCAUAAUCGGAUUUCUCCUCCUAUCAUCCCCCUUCCCAAUUACACGAUAUUUAUAAACUAGAAAUAUAUUUGUAGCUCUGCAAAUCUGAUUGGGGUUGGCAAUCGGCAUUUUACAUUCAUGGAAUUAUUGGUCUCCUCAUUUUUGUUGCCUGGAUUUGUUUGUAUAAUGAUGAUCCACAAUUUUCGAAAAGUGUUUCGGCCAAAGAAUUAUCAACAAUUCAGAAAAAUAAAACACAAGCUCAUAUUGAAAGAGACACUUUUGUUCCUUAUUGGGAAAUUUGCAAGAACAAAAUUAUUUUGACGGUUUGGUUGAAUGCAUUUUUCGAGAUGACAACUUUGAUUCUUCUUUUGACUUAUUCUCCAAUUUAUUUCCGAAAAGUUCUCGAAUUCAGUGUCAUCGAAACAGGUUUGUUAAAAAAUAUUAUUUUAUUUUUUAUUUUAAUUUUGAAAAAAAUUGGUAUUUCUAGGAAUGUUGAUAUCUGCAUCAGCAGUUGCUCAUAUGCCAGCAAAACUAAUCUCCGGAUGGUUAUCUGAUCGUCAAUUCUUAUCCGAACGUGUUCGAAUGUGGUUCUUCAAUACUUCAUCUGUUGGUUUUGCUGGUUUCAUGUGCAUGACAUUGGCUUGGAUUCCAGCUGAUUGGAAAUAUACAAGUUUUGUAGUAUUCAGUAUUGUUUAUACAUUGAUGGGAACAAAUUGUGGAGGAUUUUAUAAAUGUGGAACAUUUGCAUCUCGACAAUAUGCUCAUUUUGUUUUGGCAAUGAUUCAAUUUAUGAAAUGUAUUGCACUUUUUGUUGCUCCAUUGACUGUUGCGAUUUUUGUUCAUGAGGAAUCGUCGCAUACUCAAUGGGGAUAUGUUUAUCUUUUGAAUGGUGGACUUAUGUUUAUUGUAAGUUUAUUUGUACUUGAAAAAAAAGAGAACAUUCCAAAAUUUUCAGGCGAAUAUUUUGUUCUUCCCAAUGGCUACUGAUAAACCACAAGAUUUUACGUUCAUUACACGUAAAACCAUUGAAGAGAAGAAACAAAUUGAUCAAACGAAAUGCUAA